GUCCCGCCGAGGGUCACGCCCCUGUGGGGUACCCCAAUACCCGGGCCAGGUAGUUCCUGCUCCGCUCCAACGCUCCGCCUCGCUCCCUCUCCGGGUUUUCAAAGCCACUUCGCUUUAGACAGAUAGGAGCUCCAGCCAGUAAGAAGCCGCAAAGCGUCAGCACAGCGUUCGCUCUGUGCUGUUGGCCAAUCCACAUCGCUAGAUCCCUAUGUCCCGCCCUCCGAGAGCAGGCUUGGCCGGCUAUAGCCCUGUGCCGGCGGCCAUCUUGAGUGUGGCAGAGGUGCUGCUCCGUCUAGAGGAUCUAAAAGAGAAGAAGGAAGUUGUUGAAGAAACAGAAAAUGGUAGAGAUGCACCGGCCAAUGGCAAUGCUGAGAACGAGGAAAAUGGAGAGCAGGAGGCUGACAACGAAGUAGACGAAGAAGAAGAAGAAGGUGGUGAGGAAGAGGACGAGGAGGAAGAGGGUGAUGGUGAGGAAGAGGAUGGUGAUGAAGAUGAUGAAGCUGAGGGAGCCACAGGCAAAAGGGCAGCUGAGGAUGAUGAGGAUGACGACGUCGAUCCCAAGAAGCAGAAAACCGAUGAAGAUGACUAGGCAGCAAAUUUAUUAUUAUUAUUUUUUUUUUUAAAUAAGGAGGAAAACAAACCAACAAAAAAAGGCCAGCGCAUCCUUUUCACCCUUGGGACCCCCUUCGCUCCCGUUACAGCCCUUUUCCCCCUCCCCGACACACACACAGCCCUUCCUCCCCCCUCUGCCGUGGUCAUCCUCACCAAGUAGAGUGAACCCCAGCCCCCCGGCGCAGCGCUGCCACUCAAUGACCAUAUGAAACGAUUCGCCUGUUAGCGGGGAGAGAACCCCCCUUUCCCACAGACCCUCCCCCCAAGCACCAAAACUUCAAGGCCCUGCUUUCUUUCUUAAAAGUACUUUAAAGGAGAAUUUGUUUGUAUUUUUUAUUUACAUUUUAUAUUUUUGUACAUAUUGUUAGGAGGUCCGCCAUUUUUAAGUGAUCUCGGAUUGACCAAAAGGGGGGCUUUGAAGUGUAUAUCUCUCUUGUUACCUAUCUCUGACUUUACUUGUGGUGUGACCAGGCCCAAACCAUUAUCUCAAAGGAGAAUAAAACAAAACCUUGUAAAAAAAAAAAAUUAAAAAAGAGACAAAAAUGCAAAAAAAAAAAAUUUACAAUCUUA